CACUGCAGCGCGGACCAGUCGCGGUUUUCAUGCUGUAUAUUCUGGUAUAAUGGAGUUUGACGACAGUCUCGUCGUGGAGCGAGUCGACGAUUUAAACACGACUGCGACAUUACGACCGGAACAUUUAAUGACGCUCCACUGUGCGCAGUGUAACGCGGUUCUGGCGGAUUCUUUAGGGCUCUGCGGGGAGCUGAAAUGCAUCGACUCCGUCAUGUGCAUGCGAGUAACCAAUGACGUGGUUGUGAGUGGCUCUCUGGAGUCAGUUCAUAAAGGGGAAAUGGCUGACUGUAUUUGCUCCGUUCUGAAAUGUCGUUUGUGCAGCAGUGUUGUGGGGAAACAUGUUCACGCUGCUCCUUCGCAUCUGGCUGCUACUCGCUUCGUCUUUCUCCUCAGCAAAGCCAAAAUGAGCUGUUACAUUCUGGACACAAGCUCCAUGGUGAAGGCCUCCUCUCUCUCCUUUGAGCUGAAGCCUCUUCAGGAAACGGUUGAUGAGGCAAGGCGGCAGUGUGAAGUACAGUUGGAUCUGAUGGCACACACCUGCAGCCUGCUGGCUGACAUGAGUGUGAACCUCAGCAGUCGGGGCAGGGAGUGGCGUUUGUAAGAUGUUUGGAGUUUGUGCUGUAUGUGUGUUUCGACCAAUUAGCUUUUUUUUUUUUGAUGAUAAUUCUGGAUGCUGUUAGGCUGUACAUGUUCUGUGUUCUUUUUUUAAAGCUCAUAAUGUCCCUUUCUUUGUAUCAAACUGAUAAUGAAUCUUUUUUUAAAUUCAUUUUUCACUCAAGUUCUGCUACACUUAUUUGUACAUUAUAUGUUGUUUUACAAUACAUUUGAGUGUGAUAUCCUUAAUUUAUUUUUCAUAUCUUGCAUUGCCAGUAGUAAUAUGUUAGAAACCCCCUAAAAUUAAGAUUUAAAAAAAAUAUAUAUAUAUAAAAAAUUAUUACAAGCAUAAUCUCACUGAAAGGGAAAAAAAGUCCAACCUUUAUUUAAAUACAGCAAGGGUGAAAGGAAUAACAUGUGAAAAGGGGAAAAAAUCUUUUAAGGAGGUUGCCGGGACCUUUGUAAGAGAAACAGCAUUGCAGACAUUGGGCAUGUGAUUUUUAAAAAAACAUCUCCACCAAUCCCUUUACUGUAAAUGUAACAAAGUCUUGAGGCCCCCACAUCUGCCCUUUUAAAACCUAUUCACAUGAUGCUUGCUAAGCUGUUUUGUGUGCAUAGAGCAUUUGAAAAAUGAAAUGUACUUUCUUUAACUUGGCUAGUAAAAAUGUGCAAUGAGCUGCAUAUGGAAGCCAGGAAUUUGGACCACCCUGAGUUCUGCAAGGAGAAUAUUAAAAAAGUUUUAACAAUAAAGGUUGGAGUUUGUUUUUUUUCCUUAAAAGUCUUCUGGGUCGCAAAGUAAAUGUUAGUGUCAAAUAUGAAUGCAAACAUCCGGCUUUAGUUUAUAACUCAUUGGCUGACUAAA